AUGUCUCAAGAUCACGGUCGACGUUCUGGCCACCACAUGCAUGGCGCAGCAUCUCCAGAAUUGAAACGGCCGCUUUCGACGCCGCGGCCGAGCCAGCAUGCAUCCACACCGGCGGCCGCGCUCAGGGAGUGCGCGAGCACGAAGCAGUGGAGGCUGGCGUUAGAGCUGCUCCGAGAGGCGCCGCGGGCACGAACGCAGCAGGACAUCAAGAUCUACAUCUACAACAUUGCAGCGAACGCGUGCGGAAAAAGCGGGCAGUGGCAGCAAGCGUUGUCGCUGCUCCGCGAGUCGCGAGAAGUAAAGUUGGAGCCAGACGUUUUCUCACGUACAUUGCUGGAAUCAGCGCGUGCGACAGGGGGGAGCGAUGGCAGCAUGCGUUGCUUCUGCUCAGCGAGCUGCCCGAGGUGA